AAUAGGAACAAAGAAGAGGCAGGACCGAGGCUCCACCUCUCCCCGACUGCCUUCCUCUGAGCUUUUUAGAUGUACAUAAUCCCUGAGUUGACCCAGAAAAUAGGCAGUCGUUUCAAGAUCUGAUGCGGCAGUCUUUGUGCACACCGUCCCCGCUUGAGCAUGAAGCGUAACCCCGUGGAAUAGAUCCAGUCAUUCGGAGGAGCGUUGCCCUGCAGAGGAAAACGCGUUCAACAGACGGAGCCGAAGCAAAGUCGCGCAACUUUGUGAAAAACGGAGCGGUUACGGACAGGAGGCAUGGCAGACCAUCUGAUGAUGCCCAUGAAUCACAGCUCAGCGGGCGCCAGUCUCCACGGUUACAGGAUGGGCAUGAAUGGCGGCCUGCAGGCAGGUCACCAGCAGCAUGCCAACCAGCAGGGCAUGCGGGCACUGCCCAAUGGCCAGAUGAUGCACUAUGGUGGCGCCCAGGCCAACAUGGAGACUGCCAUGAGGCAGCGGCAGAGUAUGGUGGCCGGACCCAUGAAUGGACAACUGAAUGGGGCCCAGAUGGGUCACCACCAGAUGACCUCUGGUAACAUGAUGUAUAACGGCCAGCCCCAGCAGCAACAGCAUCACCCUCAGCAGCAGCAUCACAUGCAUCCACAGCAGCAGCAGCAGCAACAACACCAGCAGCAGCAGCAGCAGCAACAACAACAACAACAACAACAGCAGCAACAACAACAACAGCAACAACAACAACAGCAACAACAACACCAGCACCAGCAACAAGCCCAACACCCGCAGCAGCAGCAACAACAACCACAACAACAACAGUUUGCGAAUGGAGGGUUAACGUCCCAGCAGCUCAUGGCCAGCAUGCAGCUGCAAAAACUCAACACCCAGUACCAUGGGCACCCACUGGGACCUAUGGGUGGAAACCACAUGGGCCCCACGACCCAGUAUCGCAUGAACCCGGCCCAGCUGGCUAACAUGCAGCACAUGGCCGGACCAGCCCUGGCCCUGAACGGCAUGGACGCGGAUAUGAUUGACGAGGAAGUUCUGACCUCGCUGGUCAUGGAGCUGGGCUUGGAUCGGGUCCAGGAGCUGCCUGAACUCUUCCUGGGCCAGAAUGAGUUUGACUUCAUCUCAGACUUUGUCAGCAAACAGCAGCCCAGUACCGUUAGUUGCUGAGAGGACCUGCUUUGCAAAGGAGCACAAAUGGAGACAGGAGAGAGAGAGAGAGAGAAAUGUCCAGGUUGGAUGAAGAGUGCUCAUCUCUUCACUUUUUUAUUUCGUGAGCACAUCCCUGUACCAAGCCGAGUUAUGGCGUAGGAUGUACAGAAGAAAGCUCUGGAUAUCCACAGGAAAACACACAGUGCUUGAGUCUCACAUGUGCUCGUGGCCUGAGGGUGGCUGGAUUCAAGGACGAGUUCCACCUCUCCCAUUUCCUGGACAUGAAUGUAAUGAAGAAAUGCAGAAAUUCUUAAAAGCCACUCUGAACAAUGCUAUGACACUGUGUAGCCUCCAAGCCUGGAUUCCAUGACAGUUGACCAGUAAAAAAAGGUGUAUUUAUUUAUUCCUAUCUGAGAAAACUGAAAAAGAACGACCACCAUCUCCAUUUUGGGAACCACGUGGUUUUAAUUUUUUUUUUUUUUUUUUUUUCUGAGUAGGAUGGGGGGAGAACUUUAAAAUUUAGGUUCUCUUCAUGAUUUUUCCUCAUUCCAUUUGGCCUAGUAUUUAAAUAAGCUCAGAUGACAAGGUCAUCUAAAAGAGAGCCUGUAUUUUUUAUCAUAAGUCAGAUACAAUGUUAUCUCAUUUGAAUGGGGGGGGGGGCCUCAUCCAGAUUUAAAAAAAAUGGUUCACUGGUAAAGUGUUGCCUUUUUUAAGAUGUAAUGUUCUCCAAAAAAAAUCUACUGCUUUUACUGUAUGAAGCUGUAUAACUCCAACAUGUCCACACUGUUGUGUUCUAUUGGAGGUGUAGAACCGCCUUAAUCGCGCAGAUUCUUAUUUAUUGGUUGUUUAUAUUGUCCCCUUUUUUGUGGUCAAGAUGGGGGGGGGGGGGGAUGGUCUUUGUGAAGGGGGUUUUGAGGAUCAAUAAAGAUGGCCUG